AUGGAGACGCUGCCGGACGACGUCGUCGUGGAGAUCCUGGUCCGCGUGACGGAGGUCGCAGCCCUAUUCCGCUGCACCGCAACAUGCAGGCGAUGGCGCCUCCUCAUAGCGGACCCGUCUUUCCUCCGCCGCCGCUGGCCGGAGGGCGUGAGCCUCCAGUCCUCCCUGCUCGGCUUCUUCGCCUUGCAACAGCCCCGUGAGGAACCAACAGAAGGGAGCUCUACGACGCCCAUGCCGCUCUUCACCCCGGUGCCAUGCUCCCCCCACCGCUUCCUCGCCAUCCCUGAUCAGCCUCGAGGCAGCCAGCCAGUGGUGCUUGCCUCGCGCGGUGGCCUUCUUGUUGUGCGCUUCGUGCCACUCGACGCCAUCAGCAUGUUCGAGAAAAUCAUGAUCCUGGCUGUGUGCGAUCCAAUCGCCGGCACAAGCCGUCGGCUGCCUCCGUUGAAGUGCAGUAGGUCUUUCCGAAUAGAAGGAUGCACCCUUCUAACCGGUGCGGAUUGUCGCCCGACCAAACGGCGAGGGGUGUCGCCGUCGGUCUACUCGUCCUUCAAAGUGUUAAUCAUCAGUUACGACGGACGGUACAAUCUCCAUGUGUUUGCGUCCAAUGAGUUGGGCUGGAGGACGUCUAGAAACUGGUUUGAACCUGUUGAGUAUGCCGGACGUGUGGUGCCCCAGCAGAUCAACAUCGUCGUGUGCCGAGGCAUGGCACACUGGCUCUUCAAGUACUCGUCAAACUUCUACACACUCAACGUGUGCGCUAAGACCACGCGGAUGUCUAUAACAGAGCUCCCUGUCACACGGAACCAGCUCGGCUUCAAGUUUUCAAGUGCACUGCUUAAUGUCACCAACGAUGGAAGGCUAUCGCUGCUUGGUUUAUACAGGGACUGCAGCUGGCUGGAGAUGUGGACACAUGAAGGUGACAACAAGAGUGUAGAUGGCAUGGCAGACUGCUGGCACCAAACCAAGAUGAUUGAGCUAAUACAACCCAAGCAGAGUACGGUCGACCUGGUGCAAUGCGUGUGCGUGAGCGAGAUGAGCGGUAAACUGCUCGUAAAGGACAAUCAAGAUUGCAUGUACAUUGUAGAUCUCCAAACUGGGGCGAUGGAGACUGUCACUGACUGGUUUUGCGGCAUUGUCACGAUGGCUGUCCCAUUUGAGAUGGAUUGGCCGACCUUCUUCAUGUCUCGCUUGGCGGGUGGUAGGAUCAAGCGGAAUAAACUGAGAGGAGCUAUAUCGAAAAUUGCUUCCACUUUUUGCAAACCAAUAGUUGUGGCAAUUAUCUUUGGGUUAAUUGUUAUGAGUUGGGAUCAUGAAGAGCUACAGGAAUCUUAA